UUUUGGAUCCUGGUAGCCCGCCAAGUCCACCAUUGUCAAUGUCAUUUGCUAGCCGGCUUCAGCAAUUCUCGCGGUAUUUUUCAAGGAAAAUCAUGGAAAAUCCUCCAGCCAGAGAGUGUCUCCUGCAGAGUGUUGAUAGGCAGUUGCGUGAUGUGAAAAUCUCUGAAGAAAUCAGCUUCAUUGGAAGGUCUCCGGACACAGAAAUCCAAGAUGAAUUUUGUUCAAGAAAGCAAGUAAUGGUAAAGGCAGACUUUUCCAGCAGAACAGUAGAGUUGGAAGCCCAAGGGAUCAAUCCCAGUGCCCUAAAUGGCAAGAUAAUGGAGAAAAAGAAGCCCUACAGGGCCAUUCAUGGGGAUGUCCUGGAAGUCGUUGCUGGUAAGUUUCCCUACAAAAUCCUCUUUAGUCCUGAAUUACCGUCCGUCAAGAGGAAGAUUGACGAGUCACCUGAGCAAUCUCCAGCCAAAGUGGCCAAGAAAGAAUCAUGGACAGGCCUGGAUGGCAAUCAGUUGUACGUCUGGACAGCUUCUGGGGUAAUGUCCAGUCCCAAAAUUGCCUCUUACGACAUCGAUGGGACAAUUAUUAAAACCAAAUCCGGCAAUGUCUUCCCCAAGAAUAUCGAUGACUGGAUGCUGGCGUAUCCGGAAGUUCCGGGAAAGCUGAAAAAGUACCAUGGGGAGGGUUUCAAGGUGGUUUUCUUCACAAAUCAGGCAGCAAUCUCCAAAAAAAAGCUAAAAAUUGAGGAUUUUGUGAAUAAAGUGAAGAAGGUGGUGGGGAAAAUAAACAUUCCCAUUCAGGUGUUUAUCUCAACGGGAAAGGGAAUCUACCGGAAGCCAAUGAUAGGGAUGUGGAGGAAGCUGGAGGAGGAAUUCAAUGAUGGGGUGAAAAUUGACAUGAAGGAGAGUUUUUUCGUUGGAGAUGCAGCUGGGAGGACUGAGGCAAAGGGCCGGAAGAAGGAUCAUUCUUGCAGUGAUCGCUUUAUGGCCAUCAAUCUCGGUUUGACAUUUUUCACGCCUGAGGAACACUUUCAGGGAACUAGAGCUCUCCCAUGGGCACGUCCAGAGUUCGAUCCCAAGAACAUUGUCCCGCCCAAGACUCUCCUAGAGCCAGCGGGAACAAAUCUCAUGGCAGAUCACAAAGAAAUCAUUGUCAUGGUCGGAAGUCCCGGUUCUGGCAAGUCCUCCUUUGUCCAGAGAAGCUUCCAGGGCAGCAAAUACGACAUAGUCAAUCGAGACAAACUGGGAACGUGGCAAAAGUGCGUGACAGCUGCUCAGUCCGCCCUGGACAGAGGCAGGAGUGUCGUGGUGGACAACACAAAUCCCGACAUUGAGAGUCGCAAGAGAUACACAGAUCUGGCUAAGAAAGUCAAAUGCCGCUGUCGAUGCUUCGUCAUGAGCACAACUCUUGCCCAAUCUAGGCACAAUAUUACCUUCAGGGAACUCACAGAUCCCGCCCAUGUCAAGAUAAACGAUAUCAUUCUCAAUUCUUACAAAUCCAAGUUCAAAGAGCCCCAGACAUCCGAGGGAUUUGAGGAAAUUGUCCGUGUGAAUUUUGUUCCCAGCUUCCAGAACAGCGAUCACGAGGAGCUGUACAGGAUGUACCUGCUGGAGAAAUAACAGCCCAACCGCUCAAUAAUGGCCCAAAGGUAAGCUGCAUUUAAAUUGGCUUACUGGGAGCAAAAUUAUUAGUUCACUUUUUAGAGGACCAAAAUAUAACAUUAUGGAGCUAUUACAUUGAAUACUUUUAAUAGGAAUGAAAUAAAUUAGGCUGGAAGAA